AAGCUGCUGGGUGACUCGACAUGAUGGUGGACUGCUUUUAUAAGCCACUUUUACAGGACGACGGCGAUGGACAGGUAGAUGUUUUUGUCUGACUGCGCUCUAUUUGUGUUGUGGGGUUGCCAAGUGAUGCCGUAUUCAAGGAUCAUAAUCGUAUACUGAAAAAGAGGCAGGAUAAAGACGUUCCCCGGCGUGGAAACAGUUAGUUUGGGAUCAUUUCUGAAAACAUGGCAAUGUCCCUAACCCAAGCCUGCCGGAGUCUUGCCCUGUCUACAUGGCUGCUGUCGUUUUGCUUCGUGCAUUUGCUGUGUCUGGACUUCACAGUGGCAGAGAAGGAGGAAUGGUACACUGCCUUUGUCAACAUCACUUACCUGGAUCCAAUGCCAGGGGCUUUGUUGACAUCUGAGAUAAAGACAGACAAGAGUGAAUGUGGCAGAUAUGGGGAGCACUCUCCUAAAAGAGAUGCCAGGGGCUUUGUGUUUAUGCCAUCUCUUCUGCAGGACAGACAGGUGUGUGACAGUAACACUAAAUUCCCUCUUCCUCAUCCCAACAUCCCAUGGAUAGCACUGAUAGCCAGAGGAAACUGCACCUACAGGGAGAAGAUAAGACAUGCUGCUGCUCUCAAUGCAUCCGCUGUGGUCAUUUUCAAUGUGGGCUCCAGCAUCUCCAAUGAGACCAUUACUAUGCCACAUCACGGAACCGGCGAUGUGGUGGCUAUCAUGAUUCCUGAGCCCAAAGGUCGUGAGAUCAUGGCCCUGCUGGAGAAGAACAUAACCGUGGCCAUGCACAUCACCAUCGGCACGCGCAACCUGCAGAAAUACGUCAGCCGCACUUCUGUGGUGUUCGUCUCCAUCUCCUUCAUCGUCCUGAUGAUCAUCUCUUUGGCCUGGCUGGUCUUCUACUACAUCCAGCGCUUCCGCUACGCAAACGCACGAGACCGCAACCAGAGACGAUUGGGCGACGCUGCAAAAAAGGCCAUAAGCAAGUUACAAGUACGGACCAUCAGGAAGGGUGACAAGGAAACCGAGUCGGACUUUGAUAACUGCGCAGUGUGCAUCGAAGACUACAAACCUAAUGAUGUUGUCAGGAUACUGCCGUGUUGUCAUGUCUUCCAUAAGAACUGUGUGGACCCUUGGCUACAGGACCACAGAACCUGUCCCAUGUGCAAAAUGAACAUCCUUAAGGCGCUGGGCAUCCCGACCAAUACAGACUGUUCUGAUGACAUCCCUCCUGAUUAUGAGAUGUCCGUCAGCGGGCCGCCCACCAACCCUGUGACAGGGGCUAGUGAGGUCUCAGUGGUCCUGGACCCAGCUGUCAGAACAAUAGGCCUGUCACACAUUUACCAUGAGAUGGACGCCUUCCCGCAGGUUGGAGAGAGCCACCACAUCGCCAGCAGUGAGCACCAGCCCUCCAUGAGCGCUGAUUCAGACACCUCACUCAUCAUGCCAGUGGAGCUCGUCCUGUCCGACGUUGAACUGCAGUCCAAUCCAGAACAGGACGAGGUGAAGUCCUGAAUUGCCAUAAACAGAGCAGGAAUGAAAGAACACGUGCAAUAGCAGCACAGGUGUGCAACCUCCUUUUUUGACCUCAUGGUCUCCAUCACUGCAAAAAUAGCUUGCUUGUCCUCGUCCUCUGGCUGUAUUGCACCCAAUGUCUUCUGUCCCGAGUUUGUGUUACCAGACUGGAAAAUCCAUAUGGUCCUGCGAAGGAUGUUUACGCUUUUAUUUUGGAAAAUUUUGACUGUUUCAACUUCCCUAUGGGAUCACUGCCAGUAUACACCAGGAUAUUGCAAAAUGAAUAUACGUAAUGCUUCGAUGAAUGCGCCGUACAUUUGCUUUGAGUGUCUAAAGCGGUUUGCGUGUGCUCUAACCAGCAGUUCAUAUGGUCCAGUGUCAGAUGCUCCUUGUGAAGUAUCACCAGUUCUUAUCGUAUGCAGGACGCUAUUCUUGCAUCUUCAGAUAUGUGAUGUGUCAAGUCACGCCACAGUGAACCCAGAAACCCAGCUCAGCUCUGUGUUUCAGCAGCCGUAUCCAGUGACAGUGUGUCACGGCAGUGUUUGUGAAUCAUAAUGCCACGAAAGCAGAUACUUUCCACUCAUUUUGUCUUGACUAAGCGCUGUCAUCUAUUCCGCUAGGCCACAUGCACACUGCUAAAUACAGUCUCACUCUGGUUUGUUAUUUAUGAGAGUGACAAUUGCAUUCAGAUUCAACCAAAUUCAAAGCUGCGUGCAUGUCAUGUUCCAAUUAACUUGGAAAUGUAUUAAUUGCAAUUUGGAAUGUCAAAAAUAACUACAGGCCCAUUCACAACCAAAAUGAUAACUAUUAGUGAUGCACCAAAAUGAGUUUUUUACAGGAAGCCUGAAGCAAAAAGUUUUAUUUA